AUGGCGCAACCAGAUCCUAGCCACACCGUCCCCCAGGACCUGAUGCCCCAUGUCCACCUGGUCUCCUCUUAUCGAUAUCCGACAAUGCCUCGAAUCGACAUGAACGAGGUCGCAAAGUGGCUCAUGACUGCCCCUCAGAUUGCCAGGGACCGCGCUCCGUUCUUCUGGACAUAUCUCGAUAAACCUGCCGAUGGUACUGUUCUCUUGACCUGGCAGCCUCUCCAGCGGCUGGGGACAAACUUUGCGACGGACGGUUUCGUUUGGGCACCACCGGAGCAAGUCUACAAGCACGACUUGGGCAAUGGCUUGAUACUGGAAAUUUACUACCUCAAGGCUGGGUACAUUCCCGGCGAGCAGUUUGCGCUUCACACCCGACGACGAUUCCGACUUGUACCUACUCCAGGUCACCCCAACCCUCCUCCGCUUGACAUGAGCCUCUUCAUCGUCCACUACGGUCCCUCAGAGCAGAAUGAUCGCGUUCCAGCAAACAUGGUUCCCUAUGAUGAACGCGUCAAUGCCAUCAUGCAACAGCGACAUUUCCUCCUUCGGGGUGGCCAGAUCCGACGAAAAGAAUUCAUGCUCUCCGAUCGCGUCAACUGGCCGUCGCUUCCUGAGCUGACUCGGCAACAAAUGGGCCCUCAGAUGGCGCCUAGAGGAGUUCCUCAGCAAAUGGCAUACCCUCCUCAGCCAGCACCCGGCCCCCCCGCUAAGCGCGCGAGACAUUCACAGAGUCAAAGCCAGCAGCAGCAGCAGCAGCAGCAACAACAGCAACAACACCAGCAGCAGCAGCCUACAGUGCCAGGCAUGAACCCCAUGGAUUCUGCCUUUGAUGACGAGGAGGAUAUCUCAAGGGGUGACAUGUUUGAUCAUUUGACUCCCAGGGAGAUCUCUCUGCACCGCUACCAGCAGAAUCACGAGUGGAUGGAGGAGAUUCUCUCGUCGGCCUACAGAAUAGGUCAGAUCCAGCCAUCCGACCUGAACCUUGGGCUCAAGGGCGAGCUGGCAUCUCUGACCGAGGGUAUAUUUACUGCCCAAGGAGGCGAUGUUUUCACACAGUCUCCAGAAAAGCCAUAUGUUGGCCGUCUGGACCCAGGAUUGGCAGACGAGUUCCGAAAACGAGUGUGCAAGCACGUCGAAUCUACUGAAUCGGAAAUCAAGAAGCUGCAGGAAGAGCACGCCGAGCUCAUGGCAAGCUUCAAGCAAAAUUCAGCUCUGAAAAUCAAGGAGAAGCAAAUUCGCUCCAUUCCGGACCCUCCUGUCCCCGAGAUAUUCAAAGCGGAGGACCGCUCAGACAAUGUGGAAGAGCAGCGGGCGCCGGCAUUACAGCCAGAAAAGACGCCAUUUGAUGAUAUACUCAAAGAUGUAGAGGCAUCUAUAGGACGCAAGAUUGACAUUCAUCCCGUUAUCAAGAGAGUUCAGGACGGCGGGUACCAAGCUCCAGCUCCCAAGCCACCCACGCCGGGCCCCACGACUCAGAUGUCCCGGCAACCGUCGCAAUCGGGCUCACAGAAUAGUGGCCUGAUGAUGGGUGAUUCGGACAUGGAUAUGGGAGGCACUGCAGCAGGCCUACUGGACCAAAUGCACACUGGAUUCUCGUCUACGUCAACCCCGGUCAACAACUUCCCGACGCCUCAGGCCCAAGUGUCCGCAGCGCAGUCGAAUGCCCCAACACCGUCCAAUGUUCAUAACAUACCCUCUCCGGCACCGGCUCUCCCAACAGUGCCAGAGGCAGGCCCGGGAUCAGCACGGCCUUCUCACUCACAUCCAGCAGGCGAUGUUGACAUGUCUGGAAUGGGGGCUCACUCCAAGGCGCAGGGCGACUCGGCGGCAGAUCAGGGAACUGACAGUGGUGAUUGGGUUGUGGUGCCAAAGGGCGGUGCAUCUCCAGAUGGCAAUGCCCCAUCAUCUGCGGUUUCGAGCGCUGCUGUAACUGCUCCUACUGCUGCUGUUCCCAUCGCCGCUCCAACCGUUACAGUCGGAGCAACCAGCGGACAGGUUGCGCAACAAAAGCUGGCUCCAGUUCCUACCAAGCCUAUAUCCGCAGCCGCCACCCCUGCAGUUACGGAUGGCGGUUCCGCCUCGUUCGACCAAAACGAUUUCAGCUCACUAGGUGACCUGGACACCGCAGGCGAUGCUAUGGCGGGCUACGAUGCCCCUGAUCUGGAUGGCUCAGCCGGGGGACUUGGUGAAGAUUUGGACUUGCAGAUGGACAUGGAUGACUCUGCAUUUGGCGACGCUUUUCACGUAGACUCCUCAGGCACACCGGGCGAUGCUCAUAAUCAGGACCUGUAG